AUGGGCAUCGUCCGCUUCGGGCAGUCGGCGAGCUCCCGCCAGCUUCGGAACUUCAUCCUCGGCGGCCGUUUGGCUGGCAGCCGCCGCCAUUGGUAUCACGGCUCCCUUGGCCUACAGCUUGGUGAGUUGGACACGAUAGGUCCGGGGAGACACAAUCCGUUCCGAGGCCCCUCCAGCUUACAUGCUUCUCGUUUCUUUUUCCAGGCAACAGCAGAGCCUGCUAAGCUCGACGUCACAUCUCUUGCCGAGAAGGAUGAGCAGAAGAAGAGGGAAGCAGUGGUCACCGAAGAGUCGCCCAUGCGCCUGCGGAUGGAGAAGUUCAUCAAGGAGCAGCAGCAGAUAAUUGUCAAGGAACUCGAGCGCAUCGACGGAAAGAAGUUUCGCAAAGACGAGUGGACGCGACCCAAUGGCGGCGGCGGCAUAACCUGUGUGCUGCAGGAGGGUAACGUUUUCGAAAAGGCUGGCCUCGGCGUCAGCGUCGUCUACGGAACGCUUCCCAAGCCCGCCAUCUUGAAGAUGCGCGAAAACCACAAGAACCUUGAUCCCGAUGUCGAGUCGUUGGAAUUCUUCGCCGCAGGCCUAAGCAUGGUGCUCCAUCCGUACAACCCCAUGGCUCCCACCGUGCACCUGAAUUACCGAUACUUCGAAACGGCCAAUCCCGACGGUACCUCCCAGGCAUGGUGGUUUGGAGGCGGCUGCGACCUGACGCCCUCAUACCUCUUUGACGAAGACGCCAUCCACUUCCACAAGACAAUCAAGGCGGCCUGCGACUCUCACGACAAGACGUACUAUCCCCGAUUCAAGAAAUGGUGCGACAAGUACUUUUACAACAAGCAUCGUGGUGAGUGCCGAGGCGUGGGCGGUAUCUUCUUUGACGAUCUAGACGAGACAGAGCGAGACCAGGAGAACACCUUUGCAUUCAUACAGGACUGCCUCAAGUCCUUCCUGCCCUCCUACGUCCCCAUUCUGGAGAAGCGAAAGGACAUGCCCUACGAUGACAAGGAAAAGGCAUGGCAGCAGAUCCGUAGAGGCAAGUAUGUCGAGUUCAACCUAGUUCACGACCGAGGCACCGCCUUUGGACUGAACACGCCUGGAUCACGAGUCGAGAGUAUUCUUAUGAGCUUGCCAUUGACGGCAAGCUGGAAGUACAUGUACGAGCCAGAGCCCAAGAGCAGGGAGCAGAGACUGGUGGAUGUCUUGAAGGAGCCCAAGGAGUGGGUUUGA